AUGGCAGCUGCUAAGCAGGUUUAUCUGCUCCCAUUGAAGGACGAUGGCUCUCCUGACAUUCCAGGGGGCUACAUCUAUCUUCCACCGGCCACAGGUGCAGGAUAUAUCUUGCGCUUCAUUAUUGAGGGUACCAGCUCGAUCUGCCGGCAAGGGAGCCUGUGGGUGAACAUGCCAGAGGAGGGCAGUGCUUUUGACCGACAUUCGUUUCGCCAAUUCAGACUGCAGCCCAACUUUAACCAGAAUAUCCAACUCGACAUCUCAGUCACCAGCGCGGGCUCUUAUGCGUACUACACUACUUUCACUCCGCUGCCGCAAUUCUCGGUUGAGUCUGUACCAACUCCAGAACCAACCCAGAGCCCUUUGCAUUACAUAGAUGUGUCACCGCAGCUUACUUUGCAGGGGAAGAAUCUGCCGCUCAAUGCACUGUCGAUUUUCUCAAUCAUAUCCAAGUUCAUGGGUCAGUAUCCCGAAGACUGGGAUAAGCAUCUGCGUGGAAUUGGCCAGCGGAAUUAUAACAUGGUGCACUUCACGCCACUCAUGCAGCGUGGCGCAUCGAAUUCACCCUACAGUAUCUUCGACCAGGUAGUAUUUGAUCCUGCUCUGUUCCCAAAUGGAGAAAAAGACGUUGCAUCGCUCGUAUCACGAAUGGAGAAGCAGUACGGGCUCUUGACUCUGACUGAUGUCGUGUGGAAUCACACUGCUCACAAUAGCAAGUGGUUGGAAGAAUACCCGGAAGCAGGUUACAGUGUGGAAACCGCCCCUUGGCUAGAAUCUGCGCUAGAAUUGGACACUGCGUUGUUGCAAUUUGGAGAUGAUCUUGAGAGUCUGGGCCUGCCCACUGAAUUCAAAACAGUUAGUGAUCUAGAGAAAGUUACUAAUAAGUUGCGGGAAAAGGUCAUUGAUGGAAUCAAACUGUGGGAGUUUUACGCCAUUGAUGUUAAGGCUGAUACGAAAAAGAUUUUGGACUCGUGGACAGCCGAAAAGAUCGACCCGUCGAGCAUCCAAGAGACUGAUCUGCUUUCUCUCAAGGAGAUGUCGCGAACAAAACAAGCAAAGAUCGUCCACGACCAUGUAGUUCCAGCUUUCAAACAAGUCCACGGGCGGUAUGCUCGUACCGUGGACGCAAAAUUUGGCGCUGCGAUCUUGACAGUCCUGUUUGGCGAUCAUGACCAAAAUUCAAAUGUCGCCGAGGUUGAGACCAUUCUGUCCAAGUUGCUUGAUGAUGUCAACUUGCCUCUCUAUAAAGAGUUUGACACAGAUGUGGCCGCUAUAAUGGAUCAGCUAUUCAACCGCAUUAAGUACCUCCGAAUAGACGAACAUGGCCCACGCCUUGGGCCGGUCAGCAAGGACAGCCCACUCAUUGAGACCUACUUCACUCGGCUUCCAUUAAACGACAUCACCAAGAAGCACAGCUCCAAGGCUCUUGCCCUUGUGAAUAAUGGCUGGAUCUGGAAUGCCGACGCAAUGCGGGAUAACGCCGGGCCCGAGUCGAAAUCAUACCUUCGCCGUGAGGUGAUUGUGUGGGGUGACUGUGUCAAACUUCGUUAUGGAAGCUCACCAAAUGACAGCCCAUUUCUUUGGGAUUUCAUGAGCCAAUACACACGCCUCAUGGCGAAGUAUUUCUCUGGCUUCCGGAUUGACAACUGUCACUCUACCCCACUUGCUGUUGCCGAGUAUCUCUUGGAUGAAGCACGUAAAGUUCGCCCAAAUCUAACAGUUUUCGCCGAACUGUUCACGGGCUCUGAAGAGGCUGACUACGUAUUCGUCAAGCGUCUUGGAAUCAAUGCUCUAAUUCGAGAAGCUAUGCAAGCCUGGAGCACCGAAGAGUUGAGUCGCCUUGUUCAUCGCCAUGGAGGUCGUCCAAUUGGUAGUUUUGACGUCGAUUUACCUACUUCAGGAAGCAGCCACGCCAUUGCAUCUGCCAAAGAUGAUAGCACGAAUGAGAUAAUCACUCACAUUCGACCAUUGCCAGUUCAGGCCUUGUUCAUGGACUGCACCCAUGAUAACGAGGUUCCUGCCCAGAAACGCGAUGCGAGAGAUACUCUCCCCAAUGCAGCUCUUGUCGCCAUGUGUGCAUCUGCAACCGGAAGUGUGAUGGGAUAUGAUGAGAUUUAUCCGAAGCUGAUCGAACUCGUUCAUGAAACACGUCAAUAUGUCUCGCCAUUCUCUGAAAGUGACACAGUGGAAGUUGGACAUGGCGAGGGAAUCGGUGGAGUCAAGAAGUUGCUAAAUGAUCUCCAUAUUAUGAUGGGGACGGAGGGUUACGACGAAACUCAUAUUCACCAUGACGGCGAAUACAUCACCGUCCACAGAGUUCACCCGAAGACACGGAAAGGGAUCUUUCUCAUUGCGCACACUGCAUUCCCAGGCAAUGAUAGUGGCGCUAUCCUGGCGCCAACCCAUAUCGCUGGCACACAGGCCAAGCAUAUUGGCUCCUGGAGACUUGAUGUCGAUGUUGAUGAUGCUACCAAGACCAAAGUUCUUGCCAAUGAGAAGUACCUUAUAGGUCUACCAAGCUCCACUCACGACAUUGAAUGCACUAGAAUUGAAGGAGAAAAGGAUGUUACUAUAUCUGUGCUGGAAUCGUUUGUGCCCGGCUCCAUUGCUAUUUUCGAAACUUGGAUUCCUGAGGUGGAACGUGCAGCAGAAUUGGAGAAAUCUCUUUCUGCCAGUGCCGAUGAAGCAUUCUCUGAUCUGAGUUUGGUUGACUUAAACUUUGUUCUUUACCGUUGUGAUGCCGAAGAAAGGGAUUAUAGCGGUGGCCAGGAUGGUGUCUACACAAUUCCAACUCAUGGUCCAUUGGUAUAUGCUGGUCUGCAGGGCUGGUGGAGCGUGCUCGAGGACAUCGUUAAAUACAAUAAGUUGGGUCACCCUCUAUGUGACCAUCUUCGAGAGGGCCAAUGGGCACUGAAUUAUAUUGUUCAACGAAUGGAGAAGGUGGCCAGCAAGGAAGUGUUUGCCAAUCUUCACCGACCUGCUGCAUGGCUGCGCGAAAAGUUCGAUGCCGUUCGUGGUCUACCUAGCUUCUUGCUUCCGCGUUACUUCGCCAUAAUUGUGCAGGUAGCUUACAAUGCGGCUUGGAAGAGAAGUAUCCACCAGUUCAGUGACAACGUGAGACACGGCCAAGAAUUCAUCCACCAGCUGGCUAUGGUAAGCGUUCAACAGACUGGCUUCGUCAGCUCGGCCUCUCUAUGGCCCACCAAACAAGUCCCCAGUCUUGCAGCAGGACUACCUCAUUUUGCUGUGGAUUGGGCCCGAUGCUGGGGACGAGAUGUUUUCAUUUCUAUCCGCGGUAUCUUCCUCUGUACUGGACGUUUCGAUAAUGCCAAAGAACAUAUAAUUGCAUUUGGUAGUGUGCUCAAGCAUGGUAUGAUUCCCAACCUACUCAGCAGCGGUAAAUUGCCCCGGUAUAAUGCGCGAGACUCGAUCUGGUUUUACCUGCAAGCCAUUCAAGACUAUACCAAGAUGGCCCCCAACGGCAUCAGUAUCUUGCAGGAGAAAGUCCCUCGACGAUUCCUCCCGUACGAUGAUACCUGGUUCCCAUUUGACGACCCGCGUGCAUACUCCAAGUCAUCAACCGUUCUGGAGGUCAUCCAGGAGGUGUUCCAGAGACAUGCUAAGGGCAUGUCAUUCCGCGAAUACAAUGCAGGUCCAGAUCUUGAUGUCCAGAUGAAGGCUGAGGGCUUCCAGAUCAAUGUAAACGUUGACUGGGACACGGGCAUCAUUUUUGGAGGCAGUCAAGAUAACUGCGGUACCUGGCAAGAUAAAAUGGGUGAGAGUGAAAAGGCUGGAAAUAAAGGUGUUCCAGGCACCCCUCGCGAUGGAGCAGCUAUUGAGAUCACUGGACUGCUUUAUAGCGCUCUUUCCUGGGUGACAAGCCUCAACGAAUCUGGAGAUUAUCCUCACAAGGGUGUCGAGAUUGGUGAUGGCAAAUCUAUUACCUUCAAGGAAUGGGCCAGUAAGAUCAAGGAUAACUUUGAACGCUGCUACUUUGUUCCUGUCGAUGCCAGUGAAGACAGCAAGUAUGACGUGGAUGCCAAGAUAAUCAACCGUCGCGGCAUCUACAAAGACCUGUACAAGUCCGGUAAACCAUUUGAAGAUUAUCAGCUUCGAGGAAAUUUCCCCAUCGCCAUGUCGGUAGCGCCAGAAAUAUUCACACCCGCGAAAGCUUUGACUGCCUUGUCCAUCGCCGACUCUACAAUUCUAGGCCCCGUCGGCGUGGCUACCCUGGACCCAUCCGAUCUCAACUACCGCCCCUACUACAACAACUCUGAGGACUCCACUGAUUUCUCCACGUCCAAGGGCCGCAACUAUCACCAAGGUCCCGAGUGGGUCUGGCAGCGAGGCUACUAUCUCCGAGCCCUCCUCCAUUUCGAUCUCCUGCGCCGCAAGACGCCCGAGGAACGCAUUGAAUCCUUCCAGCAGAUAACCCAGAGACUAGAUGGAUGCAAGAAAGCAUUGCGGGAGUCUCCCUGGAAGGGUUUGACAGAGCUUACCAACAAGAAUGGAGAAUAUUGUGCAGAUUCGAGUCCUACUCAGACUUGGUCUGCUGGCUGUCUUCUUGAUCUUUAUUACGAUGCAUCCAAGCUUUCUUAG